UACUAUAGAUUCUUAAUAUUCCAAAGGUGCCCAUCAGUUUGCAAAAUUGGGGAUUUCUGUUCUCUUUUGUUCUGUCUGAAAGGCACAAAAAUCAUUGGUUUGGGGGGUUUUUUAGAUAACCAUUCUGUAUAGGAAUAACAUAAAGUCCUUUUCUAACUGAUAAAUAGUCUUUAUGUUUUCUUUCUAGUUUUUUUAUUUCAGGCUUUAAAAUAUUCAGGAAUUUUAUCAGGCAUCCAAAACAUCAUGUUGUUGCUUGUGGUUAAUUCUUUGCUUCUUGCUUUCUUUUUAUCCAGGGCUUGGUCUCACAAGGAUUCAGCAGCUGAUUGUAUAACUUUUGAAGACAUGCUGUCCCCAUUACCUUCUCUUUGCUGAGAGUAUGUGUUACAAGGUGCUAAGGAGGUGACUCUGGAGCUGCUUUUACGUUGUGAGAUCAUUCUGUCCUGCAUGGCCAGCAUCAAAAUUCUUCUUGCAAUAUUUCAGCCAACAUAGUUAAGUAGCGACUCAAAUGCCUCCUAGCCCAGUGUUGAUUGCGUCACUCAGUUUCCAAGAGUGGCUGGUAAAUCUGGAAAACGAUUUCCAAGUUCCCUUCCAAGUCCAGCCUUGAAGAUGAGGACCGGGGUUGUAUUUUCCCUGUUGCUUUCUUUAUGUUUGUCUGAUCAUGGGAAUUCCAUUUUAAAAGAGAGUGGUGCUGAAAUAGUACACAUAUACCCGCUCAGUAAUGAAAAGCAUUGUGAACAAGCUUGUAAAGGCUCAACAGAUGCAGAUAAUCCUUACUGCUGGUCGGUGCUGUAUCAGAGCCACUGUGUCCUUCUCCGCUGUCCUCAGCUAAGCGCAUGUCAGAAUACCAGCAGACAAGAUAUUAAAGAGCUAAUGGGAGAAUUUGUGACUCGUAAAAGAAGAGACCAUGAUGCGCCCCAUGAGAUAAAUGAUACAGGAAAUGUGAAUAAAGAGUUAGAUGUGCUGAAGAGUUCCGAAUCAGUUCAGAAACCCACAGAAGUGCCUCUUUUAUUAAUAUCAAGGACUAUAACGGGAGCUCCUGCAGUCAACACUACAAACAAUGCCAGUUUGGUACAACAAAAUACUUCCAGUUUAAGAACAACCACUGCCAGCCUUGUGAACACUAGUGUCUCCCAAGAUGUUACAGGAUCAACAGCCAUAAUCAAUAUUAGUAAUAGCAUGACUAAAAUCCAGAAUAAUUCUACUGGUAGCUUCAAAAAUAACACCCUAAGUAUUCCAAGCAGCCAUGCUUGGUUAACUCCCACAAAAGGAGCAGGCAAUACCACUGACAUUGCAAGUACUACAAAAGCAAAAGGGACACAAGAGAGUAAAUUAAUAUCGGGCAUAUCGGAGAAAACAAUAUCAACAGAACCACUUCCCAGGACUAUGAGAACCACUGCUUUGACUACAAUAGCAACUUAUCCAUCGCUUCCCACAACUCUCCAAAAGCUGCAAAGAAGUAGCAUUCCUGCACCAGUUAACAUUGGAAAUGAUUCUCAGUUAGUGGUAAACUCAUCUACAGUUGCAUCCACCCCCAAGCCAUCAGCAUCAACAGCCAAAAGUACGAUUCAUACAGUUGCAAGUACAACCACGGCAGCGACUUCUACAGUAACAAUAAAGUCAGCUGAAUUCACAACAGUUACAACAGACAGGAUAAAGCCUACUUCAGAUAAGGUAAUUCCUCCUCUGUUUACUAAAGCUGCUGACAUCGCCACUUCACAGCAAAUGUUGUCUACUAGUCAACCAGCGAAGGGGACAACCUCUGUACGACCCUUGUCAGUGCUCCCAAGUACAAAUCCCAAAAUGUUAUCCAAGCCAACAACUACAAUACAAAGCAAAACCCAGAAAGAUACAGAUAGAGAAAAUAGCUUUCAGCAAGUAGACGUCAGUUUGCUCUUAGCAGUGCUUCUCUUUGGUGUUCUGUUUUUUGUAACAAUUGUCAUCUUAUUUGCCAUACAAGCCUAUGAAAGCUACAAAAAGAAAGACUACACUCAAGUGGACUACCUGAUCAAUGGGAUGUAUGCGGACUCAGAGAUGUGAUGAAGUAUAUGGAGAUUCUGAUGUGAAAGCAAUAGAAAUGAAAAGAAAUAUAUCCACGCACACAAAUAGACAUCUGAAUCUAUCUCUGAAUGAAUACGACUUUAUUGGGACAAGUAGAAAGCUAAAGGUGGCUUCUUGUUCAGUUCCCUGUUUUGCCUAUAAGACCACCUGAAAGUGCUUCCAAAUUACUUUCUGUGCAAUGAAGGAGAAAUGCCAUGUAUCAUGCUUUUAAAGUACUUUAAAAAACCUCAUAGUCAAAGGGUGCCAUUAAUGUAUUAUUUCUCAAGCCACAGUAUUGCUUCUGUUGUGCUAGUCUUGUCUGCUAAUGCCGUGGGGAGGGGGUUGUUGAUGUUGCCAGUCUUCCCAGAUGGUUUCUUCCUGAUUCCUGAGGUUCUGUUCAUCCCCUGUUUACAGCAAAUGGAGAAAAUAUGUGUGUGUGUUUUUUUACAUGCCAAUUUUCCUGAAAAUUCCAGCUGGCAUGAAGACUGUUAGUUGUUAAUGCAAACAAAUGGCCAAGCAUUAGCAGCAUUAGCGUAAGUGGAGCAGCACAAAAAGAGUGCCAAAAUCUUUAGGGACCCUUUCCUUAGGUAUGAUAUGCUUCAUUUAGGUACAAUUUAAAACCUUGCUAAGCACUCUCAUUGCUUUGUCCCGGGGGCAGCAUUUGUUGUAAGGUUAGAAAAACCUAAUGGUUAAAAAUGUAUUUACCAUAGUCUGUUUAAUGCUAUGCUAUUUCCAGUCCUGUUGAUUCCGCACCUUUUAUAUGAUUUUAUUUUUGUAUCCAUUCACUUAAAAAUUGAGGCCUGGAGUCAAUGUCAAUCUUUGUCGGCUUUGUUUCUUCCCUCCUUGAUGUCUCUUUCUCACAAGCAUUUUUAUAACAUUAAUUCACGUGGCAAUUCUAUUAUUAUUUUUCAAAGAACUCAAUAUCUUUUCAGCUUGAUCAAAGCAUUCGCAGCCAUUUCCUUUCGGUAAUUUUUUCCAAAUUCAAAAUCUCUUUUUGAAUUAUAUAUGACUUCUUAUAUGACUGACUAUUAGUUUGUAUUUUAAUAAUACUUGUAAAAAUGGACCCGUGAGGAGGCUUGGUACUUCUUUUAAACCUCCAUCCUUCUCUAGAUCCAUUCAGAAAGUAAACAUUGCCCUGUAUGAGAUCUUUUGAUGAUCUUUUAUAUUUUGCUGUACACAUUUGCAUCUUCAAUUGCCAAAGAUAAUGGAAUAAUCAAGCCUUAAAAAGCAACUUUAGUGAGGAAACUAGCUAGACAGAGUUUGCUUAAAACAUCUACCAGGAAUCUCUAAAGAAGCAAGCUAGAAUUAUCUAGGUUGCAUAAAUCCAAUAGCAAUUGUUCAGAUGUUUGCUGUCUAUUUAGGGGAGCUUAGUGUUUCCGGAUUAGCUUGAAGGCAGUUCACACAUGAUUUGAAUUUCCCAAAAUCCAAAAAAAUUGUCUGUAAAAUUCCAAAAGUGGAUAUAUGUUGAGUGACCUGCUAAAGCAUUAGAAUUUUGAAAACAUUAAAGUUACACUUAAUUCCACAAAAAAGGAGAGGCGGAUGAAAACUUUGUUAGUGUACAUUUGGUUAUCCCCAACAGGACAGAAAGAAGGGUGGUGGAGUCUACAUUCUCAAUAAGCUUAAGAAAAAGGCUGGAAGAGAAAGAUGAAAACAGCCACUGCCACCUUUUUACGUUUCUUUGCAAGUGACCCCCUCUGUGCACCAAAUUUAGGGGAAACCUCCCAUCUCUCUGCUUAAUUUGCAUUUUCAAAUGUUUCUUGCAUCUCUAGAAAUGAGCCAAUAGGGUAUGCUGUUGAGCUGUUCAUGAAACACAAUUCCAUCUUUGGACUGUGUCAAAGGACUUCCAAAUCUGAGCUCCCCCUCCCCUCCAUUUCUCUUGUGCUGUUACUCUUAUUUAUUUAGCCAAGACUUCUCUUCUGCCGCCAUAAAUCUUUAUACAUUACGUUUGAAUUAGACAUUCCCUACCGUUGCAGUGAGAGGAUCCAACAUCCUGUUGACCCCAAUUAAAGUGAAGUAAACUAUUUAGAUAGGAAUGUAGAGCUAUUUUAAAAAGACAUAAAUGGCAAGUACUUACAUACAUGCUUUGCUCAGUAUCAAAAACAGAUCUAUUAAGCUGGGGCAGGCAGAAUUAUUAAAAUAUAAUUAUAUGUUUUUAGACUCGAGUGCGCUUAAGAAUCAGGGAGACUGGUUCAAGUUCACCUUCAGCCACAGAAACUCACCCAGUGACUUUGAGCUAGUCAUUCUCUUUCAGUCCAGCCCAUAUCUGUUAAAAUGAAGACAGAUCACAAUAUGAGAUACCUUUGAGCUUCUGGAGGAAAGGUGCCAUAUAAAUGAACAAUUAAGUUGACAUUUUAAAUUUGUGUUAACAAUUCACUGUCUGUAGAAGGAUAACCCUGGGUUCCAAGAAACUUGCAAUCUGAACUUCAACGUGCAAAAAAACUGGAGGCAGGAAUAAACAUGAGAAGAAUAUGCAGCUGUUUGGCUCGUAUGUGCCAAGGCUUGUUCAGAGACAAAGUUAUUUAUAUAUAGGCCAGCCAAUAACAAAAUUCUGAUAAAAUGAAGUAGGUUAAAUGUUUCACAAUAAAAUUAAAAUGCAAAUUAAAAUAUAAGCACAAAAGAGGACAGCAAGGCACCACGGGGAAAGAGAGAGAAAUCCCAAGCGCCAAGAAAGAGGAGAAGAAUUCCAGGCCCCAAUUCAUUUAAGCCCAGCAUAUUUUAGAAAUGUUGUUUUUUAGGGUCACUUUUGGAAUGUCUGUAAAAUGAUAAACUAAUUGACUAGCUCUCGGAAUUCCUCAGUCCUCCCUUAUUAAAAAAGAAAAGAAACAGAUUAAAUCAAUAAAGCUAAAAUAGAGUUUACAUAUUGGAGCAUAUAUCAAAAAAUAGAAAAUAUUUUGCCCUGUUUCAGAAAAUGGGUGCCUUGCAACUCUCUCUAAGGGAAAGGUCUUUUUCCCCACCCAGGUGAAGGUUCAUGUCCCUGCCCAGCACCCACAUGUUCAUCACAUGGUCCAAUCAGGCACCGUCCAAAACUGGAGAU